AUGGGCCUCAAACGCAAAGCUUCUGUCCUCGAAGACACCGUGCUCCAAACAGAUCCAAACACAAGCCCUGUCGCACCCUCGUCAACCGCCUCCUCAUCACCUUCGUCAACAUUUACCCCCACAUCCUCCAAUGCGAACCUCGCGCACCCAUACCAAUUCUGGAAGAUAGACAGUGUCCCUUAUCUCAAUACCCGAACGCGGAAGAGGUAUCGCGAUGCCAGACCAGACGAGGGGACGAUCCACGAAAACACCUUAAAGAAAUUGUACGAUGCUCAGCGGUUGCAUCUUGACGAAGCAAUGUCGAUGUCGGAAGUCAUAUGGUUUGAGGAACGCGAUGGACAGAUUGAGGAAGAUGCUGAUAUGAUUGAUGAACCUGAGAUCGAUCUCCCUCAAUCUGCACAGCAGAAUCAGAGAACCAUUGAGGCCUUCUUUAGUGGAAAGGGAGGCUCUCAAACUAAGGCAUCUAGAUGGGAAACAACACACGUUCACACUUCACACCUCGAUUCUUUCAGGCAGGAACAAGUUCACUCAUGA